CCAGACUCAGGUGUGGUACAUGCUGCGGUAGAUAUGUGGAAUACUGUAUGCUGUGUCUGUGUGUAUUAAAUUCAGGCGCAUUCGACGUAUACAGUUCGAUCGAAUCUAACUCAUCGAUGCUGUAAACAAACGGAUAAGAAUUAUCGGUAUGUGCUUAAACUUGACUAUUCGUUCGUACAUCGAGUUCACAUUGACUUGCGUCCGUACAAAGUAUCGAUAUAUUUGAAUGCGCCCGAGUUCUGGAAAAUUUUGGAAUGUCGUGGCCGUGGGUUCCGUUCGUUCACACUGAAUCAAAGACUGACACAAAGUGCGGUAGUUUUAAAGAUCGUGCCGCUGUAGAAAGAAGAUUCUAUUGUCAAUUUUAGGAAUACCAAAUAUUUUUGUAAAAAUUUGAAGAAUGCCUGCACCACCACCUCCUCCGCCUCCUACACUCGUUGCAUCUAGCUCCAGUCCUGGUGACCAAGAUAGAAAUUUGCUACUUCAAUCGAUUAGAGCUGGGAAAACUUUAAAGAAAACUGUAACUGUAGAUAAAAGUGGACCUGCGAUUAGUGGUAAAGUAAAAAACGAACCACGAAAUUUGAAUAAUAGGGAGACUAAUAAUUCUAAUACGAUAACCGGUAGUAUUAGCAAUUCAAAUAAUGGAGGACCUACAGGAUUAGGUGGAUUAUUCUCUAGCGGUAUGCCAAAACUGAAGCCCAUAGGACCUAGACCAACUUCGGGUGAAAAGGAUAGAAGCAACGUCAAUAAUACGAAUUUUAAUCAAUCGGCAAUGCCGAGCAUAAAACGCGGUCCACCUCCGGUUCCACCACCAGCUACUCAGAAGCCGCAAGUAUUUGGACAGAAAUCCAAUUUAAUUCAGGGUCAAAUUGUUAUGGAUUCUUCAAAUGCCAAUACAGAAGUAUCCAAAGGAUUUGGGAAACCCAUUCUUGCACCCAAGCCACCUUCGACACCAUCCGGUACAAUGCACAAGCCAUCUCCUCCCCCAAAAAAGUUAAACUUGACGACAGGAGCAAGCGUGUCGAGAGCACAAAGUAUGCGGUUGCUUAGAUCGCCACCUGUGCUCACACCGACACCGCCAUCUUUGCAUCAAUCGCAAGAUUGUUUAAACGAAAGUCAAUCGAGGCCAACAAAUCGAGUUCUUAGACCUCCGGUAGCGAAACCUCCCUCUCCUCCUACUUCCAGAACGAGUAACUCGAUUAGUGCGGCAACAAGGGUCGCGCCUCCACCACCGUCUAGAGUAACGGUUACUGCUCCUUGCAUACCGCCACCUCCUCCUCCACUUCCACAUCGACCUGCUGUUCAUCAGAGGCUUGCUCCACCACCGCCACCACCACCGACACCUCCCACAAGAAGUUCUUCUAUGCGCAACGGUCAAACUAUGGGUACCCUAGAUCUGGAAGUACGAUUCGCAGACAUGUUUCAUUCUAUUGCAAAUUUUCCACCACCGGAGCCGUUUAAAGGAUUACCAAAAGUCUACAGCAGCAGAAACGCUGCAAAACAGCAGGCUCCUGCACCACCCCAACAAGCAUCUUCUAUAUCUAAUACAAUGGUACCAUUAAAUACAUCAUCCGGGGGUUAACUGUGGCAAUAUAAAAUGAGACUUCUCUGGCACAUCAAAUAUUUUCGAGCAAUUUAUUUUAUUUAUUGCAUUACACGAUAGUUUUAAUAACAUUUGGAACGUUUCUACAACGAAAUGCAAGUCUAAGUAGACAAAAUUAGAUGGAAAAGAAACGGAAAUAAAAUAAUUAUAUUAUAAUCGUAAUUACACGCGUCGCGAAACUUUUGUUUUACCGGAAAAAAGUCUUUAGUUUCUCUCGUAAAUAUUAUUGUUGUGGUACAAGACUGCAUUAAAUUGUAACAUCGUAAUGGUGUCUGAAAUUGUGUACAUUCACAUAAAAACUAUGUGAAAUAGUUGUAUGGUAUUUCUGAGAGCAAUGAAGAAUUGCAAUAAUAAUAUGCUAAUUGAUCGUGUAUAUUUAUCAAUGUAAACUUCUAACGGUUUUUAUAAGAAAAACAUAGAAUAUUAUAUACUUUUAUUUAUAA